CUGUAACGGAUGAGCAAGCGGAAGAAGUGCGACUCGUACGCGCAUUUAAAGUACCUACAAUAAUCAUUACAAUUCACAGUGUUUCUUAAUGCAUUCAUUACUUUAUCAAUGCUGAAUCCCAGAAGAGUGUCACUCGAAUGCAAAGUGUAAACAAAGCUGACGUGGAAAGCGUUACGCAGCGUAAUUCACGCUAAAUAAACUUACAGGCGCUACAAUACCACCAACAUCAUAUUCCAAAUAAAUCCAGAUCAAAUCUAAGCUGCUUUUCAAUUAAAUAUAAAAUGAGCGACAAUAAAAAAUAACAACAAGAUUUUAUACUAAUGAAAACACUCGUGUAAUGACAAAAAGAGCGUAAACGAAGUUUAAUUCUGCAAAAAAGCACAACUUUACAGAUUAGCACCUCACAACCGCUCAUUAUACGCCGGAUCAGAAUCAGCGCCACAUUGGCAGGAUGACCAAUUAGCUUUAUUGUUGGUUUAACGAUAAUUUUUUCUUUCGAGUAGAAUGUGAUACACGAAAGAAAAGUUAAAAUAUAUGAAAGCGUGAAAAUGUGUGUUAACUGAAAACACACACACAUACGUGUUAGUUGUAAAAUGUUAUAAAAAGUAAUUAACAAAAUCACAAGUGCUGUGCUCAGUAACAACAACAUGGAGAAAAAGUCAAACAAUACGCUGUGCUGUUAGUAAAAACCGACAAAAGAUAGUGCAACAAAAAAGUGUAAUGUGAAAACCAAUUGAAAAGUUUUGUGCAAAAAAUUAGAUAACUAAAAAAUGCAAGAUACACCGUGUAAAAAAUAACGCUAACAGUAGUGAGACCGUUAUUUACACUUCUGCAUAAAAGUGUGCAUACACGCAGGCAACGUAUUUUGCAACUUUGUACGGCAACGUCAUCAAGAAGUUACAAAAAAUAACAACAAACAGUACGUGCCAGCAUAAGCACUGCCGCUGUAAGGCUGAAAGGCGACUGUUCGACUGCUUCUGUCCUCAGUUUAUGUGUGUGUGCGUGCUAAGUGAGGCGCUUGUGCAUGUUAGCCCAGCGCGUUUGUGUGUGUUGGUGCAGUGUAUACGAAGCGAAAAGUGCAGGAGCAGUGCAGUGAAUGUGCAUUCAAAAUGCUUAAAGGAUUAAAAGUUUUCACAUUUUUAUGGCUGACGCAUGCGGCGAGCACUUGGCUGAAUUUCACCGGCGUUCAAGCACAACCGUCAUCAUUAACCGAGAAAAUCCCAUUAGGCGCCAUAUUCGAGCAGGGCACCGAUGAGGUGCAAUCUGCGUUUAAAUACGCAAUGCUCAAUCACAAUCUCAACGUAUCGUCACGCCGUUUCGAGCUGCAAGCAUACGUGGAUGUCAUCAAUACGGCGGAUGCAUUUAAAUUGUCACGCUUAAUAUGCAAUCAAUUUUCGCGUGGCGUUUAUUCCAUGUUGGGCGCUGUAUCACCGGAUUCAUUUGAUACAUUGCACUCGUACAGCAAUACGUUUCAAAUGCCAUUCGUGACGCCAUGGUUUCCAGAGAAAGUGCUGACGCCCUCAUCCGGCUUCCUCGACUAUGCCAUAAGUAUGCGCCCGGAUUAUCAUCAGGCGAUUAUCGAUACAAUACAAUUUUAUGGAUGGCGUAAAAUAAUUUAUCUCUACGACUCACAUGAUGGACUCCUGCGAUUGCAACAGAUUUACCAAGGGCUUAAACCCGGCAACGAGUCAUUUCAAGUGGAAAUGGUAAAGCGUAUUGCGAAUGUAACAAUGGCCAUCGACUUCCUGCAUACGCUCGAGGAUUUGGGACGCUUCACCAACAAAUACAUUGUGCUGGAUUGCCCAACGGAAAUGGCCAAACAGAUACUCAUUCAACAUGUGCGCGAUAUAUCGCUCGGAAGAAGGACAUAUCACUAUUUGCUAAGCGGUUUGGUAAUGGACGAUCGUUGGGAGAGUGAAAUCAUCGAAUUUGGUGCCAUCAAUAUAACCGGAUUUCGUAUUGUUGACACUAAUCGUCGGUUCGUACGUGAUUUCUUUGACAGUUGGAAGCGCUUGGAUCCGGCAACAUCGAUUGGCGCCGGCAGGGAAUCAAUUUCGGCACAGGCAGCCCUCAUGUACGAUGCCGUUUUCGUGCUGGUCGAAGCCUUCAACAAAAUACUGCGCAAGAAACCCGACCAAUUCCGCAACAACAUCCAGCGGCGGGGUCAACAAACACUAAUGGCAGCGGCCUCCACAUCCAUUAACGGUACACUGGGCAUGGCAGCUGGCGGCAGCGUUGGCGGCAUUGGCAAUGGAAUCGGUGGCAGCGGCGGUAGCGGAGGUGGAGGCGGUGGCAUUGGCAUUGGUAACGGUGGUGGCAAUGGUGGUGGCGGCGGGACAAUGCCUCGAGCGCUCGACUGCAACACAUCGAAAGGUUGGGUGAACCCAUGGGAACAUGGUGAUAAAAUUUCGCGCUAUUUGAGAAAGGUGGAAAUCGAAGGUCUCACAGGCGACAUUAAAUUUAACGACGACGGUCGGAGGGUGAACUACACGCUGCACGUUGUCGAAAUGACUGUCAACAGCGCCAUGGUGAAAGUGGCUGAAUGGAGUGAUGAUGCUGGCCUUCAACCGCUCUCCGCCAAGUACGUGCGUCUACGGCCGCAUGCGGAAAUCGAAAAGAAUCGCACAUACAUCGUUACCACAUUGCUCGAGGAGCCGUACAUGAUGUCGAAACGCCCCGGCAUUGGUGAGCAAUUGGAUGGCAAUGACCGCUUUGAGGGUUACUGCAAGGACUUAGCCGAUUUAUUGGCCAAGAAGUUGGGCAUCAAUUAUGAAUUACGACUGGUCAAGGAUGGCACAUACGGUUCAGAGAAUCCCACAGUGCGCGGCGGCUGGGAUGGCAUGGUCGGUGAACUGGUACGGCGGGAAGCGGAUAUUGCAAUCGCUGCCAUGACCAUUACCGCCGAACGGGAGCGUGUCAUCGAUUUCAGCAAGCCAUUCAUGUCACUGGGCAUUUCAAUAAUGAUUAAGAAACCGGUGAAGCAAACGCCUGGUGUAUUCAGUUUCAUGGAUCCAUUAUCCCAGGAAAUUUGGAUGAGUGUCAUCUUCAGCUACAUUGGAGUAAGCAUCGUGCUGUUCUUUGUUUCCCGCUUCUCGCCGUAUGAGUGGCGCAUUGUGCAGUAUCAGACAGAUUCGCAUGCACAUCACGAUCAAAUGGCUAAUCAACAGCCACCUGGCAUCAUCGGCGGUGUACCUGUGCCCGGUCCAAUGACCGGUGCGCCUAGUGCCACGGCUAGCCCGGCAAAUAUUGGCGUAGUCGGUGCUGGUGGUGUGGCCGGAAGCGUUGGCCUCGGCUCAUCCGGCAAUGUAGCGGUCAACGAGUUUAGCAUUUUGAAUUCAUUUUGGUUUGCCUUAGCCGCUUUCAUGCAACAGGGCUGCGACAUAUCACCGCGUUCCAUCUCCGGUCGCAUAGUUGGCGCCGCUUGGUGGUUUUUCACGCUCAUUCUAAUUUCAUCGUAUACAGCCAAUUUGGCAGCGUUUCUCACUGUCGAGCGGAUGGUGACACCAAUCAAUUCACCCGAAGACUUAGCUAUGCAGACGGAAGUGCAGUAUGGUACGCUCUUACAUGGCUCCACCUGGGACUUUUUUCGGCGUUCCCAAAUCGGCUUACAUAACAAGAUGUGGGAGUAUAUGAAUUCGAAAAAGCAUGUCUUUGUGAGCACAUACGAUGAAGGCAUACGUCGAGUGCGCACAUCAAAAGGCAAAUAUGCCCUGCUGAUGGAAUCGCCAAAGAAUGAGUAUGUGAAUGCCAGAGAACCCUGCGAUACGAUGAAAGUCGGACGUAAUCUGGAUACGAAAGGAUUUGGCAUAGCAACACCGAUUGGAUCGCCUUUGAGAGAUCCGAUUAAUUUGGCUGUGCUAUCGCUGAAGGAGAAUGGUGAAUUGAUCAAAUUGCGCAAUAAAUGGUGGUAUGACAAAACUGAAUGCAACCUCAACAAGGACAAUCAGGACACAUCACGCAGUGAAUUGUCAUUGAGUAAUGUGGCUGGUAUAUUUUAUAUAUUGAUUGGUGGCCUCUUGGUGGCUGUCUUUGUGGCUAUCAUUGAGUUUUGCUUUCGCAGUAAAGCGUCCGCACAAAAAGCGAACGGCUCCAUGCUGAGUUCAGCGUCCGGCGGUGGUUCACAUCAAAGGAAUUCUCUAACAGAUGCCAUGCAUUCUAAAGCGAAAUUGACUAUUCAAGCGAGCAGAGAAUAUGAUAAUGGUCGUGUUGGGUACCUCAAUUGUGCCUCUUUGCAGUAUUAUCCAGCCGGACAAUUAAGUGCCGCAUCUGAGGCCGAAACAAUGCACAUGAAUGCGCACAGUCAGGUUUGACAUGAACAUGCGCAGGAAUCGCGCCUUUGACGUACACCCUGCGCACCAACAAUACGCCGCAUAAUGGCCAACAGCCGGCAGGAAACAGAGAAGAUACUGAGCAAUCAUGAUCAAAACACAACAACAAUGCCGGGCAGCCAGAAUAGUACGCUCAUGCGAAAUCCCGAUGUAAAUCAUCCCUACGCCAAAUAAAUAUAUAUAUAUAUAUAUAUACAUAUACAUAAAUGCAUAUAUACUAACUCAAAAACACAUAACAAUGUGAAAAAGCUAAACUUACAAAAAACAUAUACUGAAACAACAUUCAAAAAAGUGGAAUUAAGCGUGUGAAAGUAUCAAAAAUAAUAACUUAAUAAAAUAAACUAGGAGCGUAUAUAUAGAUAUUACUAAGAGUGAAAAUAAAAAUAAAUGUGUUAUUAUAUAAGUAAAAACACAGAUGAAAUCAUACAUAAAACACAUUUUUUGUUUGGUGUUUGUCAUGUGAUAAAAACUCAUUGCAGACAUACAGUCACAUACAGAACACUGCAAAACACAAGUGAAACAAAUAUACAAUUUUUUAAGUAUGUAUAUUAUACAUUUUAGCAAAGAACUCUUUAAUUAAUAUAUUAUUUUUCGCUAAUUUUUUAUCAUAUAUAUACACAUACGCAAAAAUAACCUUCCGAUGUAUUUUGGCUGUAAUUUUUUUAAAAAUUGAAAAACUUUGAUUCUGCUUGUGAAUUAUUUUUAUUUGGUCUUUUAAAUGUUUUCCAAUCCCAAUUCAUCAAGUUGCUACAAGAAGAACUCGUUGACCAUUGCUCUGUAGCGCUCACCACUGACAGUAACCGUUUGGCCCGCGACGUCUUCGAAGAAAAAAGAUCCGAUGACUCCUCCAGCAAAAACAGCACACCAUACAGUGACUUUGAUAGGAGAAUUACUUUUGCGCCACCCGAUACUUUCCGCCGGCGAUUACUUAACUAUUGGAUACUAUUUCGCUUAAAGUAUCCAUUUUCUAUUUACAAACAGCAAAUUAGCGAGCUGAGGUCAUUAUAAUAGGGGUGAAACCACGUCAAGUGGUCCCUGAUAUCUAUAAUAUAGCACGACCAGUUUUCUUUGACUUCACACAAUUUCAUCGAUUUAUCUCCAGUAGUUUAUGAGAAAAAAUUUCACAAUUUUUUCAUGCUCUAAAUUUCAACCUUCAAUGACUUUAACAAAAAAAAGUAUUUUGACGAAGUAUUUAUAUCGGUUGGUAUGCAUCUCGUCCCCUUCCUAAUGAACUGUUAAUAUUCAAAAUCGGUGAUUUUUCCAAAUUUUCGGGAACCACUUGACGUGAUUUGACCCAAAGUGGACACAUCAUCAAGAGUCCGCUUUCUUCAAUGCUUUCAUGUUUUGCUACUCAGAUUUUAUACCAGUUGUAUCACUGUGCAGAAUUAUGGUUAAAGCUAAAAAUAUAAAGAUUUUAUUUAGUGGUUUUAAGAUCUUAAGACUUCAAAUAAAAAAGCUAAUUUUCCAGAAUUUUUUCUGAGACAACUUUAAAUUUAUUGAUCCAAAAAUUUUCACACAUAUUAUGGCAUUUUUUAAACUGUAUGUUAAAUCUUAGUUUUAGUAGAAAUAUUUAUUUGGAAAGGAACCACCUCUGAUCUCCGAGACCUCCUCUGAUAAAAACGUUUUACUUUGACCGCUAUAUCUCUGAACUGGAUCCUACGAAAUUAAAAAACCAAACAGAUUUAGUUAAAGUAAUGGAAAAUCUAGUAAAUCAAAUGGAAGGAAUAAGCAAAAAAAAACUGUUUGACAAAAUGGCAGUAUCUCAACAAAAAAAAAGGAUUUUUGACCAAAAUUUCGGUCUGAAGUUGUUUAUAGACCAAAUUUUUUCGGUGAGAAAAAAUUGUUCGAUUAGUUUUUGAGUGAUGUUGGUCACCGACUUUGAAAACCAUUUUGAAAAAAACACGCUUGAAGUUUGGCUUUGCCAUACAGAGCCCUGAUUAUGUUUGUCCACUUUGCUGAGUUAAUGGUAUUCUUCUUCAUAUCCAGGCUGUAUCCGUCGAUCUGUGUAUAUUCAAACUAGUCGCUCAGGUUUUGAGAUAUCGAUCUUAAAUUCUACUCACGUCAUCGGUAUCAAAAGCUUGUAUAGAGAACUUUGUGUUUGUGCACGGCAUUACAGCUUUGGUGGUGGCAUAUUAAACGGUUUUCCAUCAAAUGCAUUGCCGUUAAAAAUUUCAAAAAUUUGGUUAACAAUAAAAGUUAUUAUGCCUGAACUAGAAAACCCAAGAGAAAUUAGAAUAGGUUCUUAGAAAAAUAUGUUUUACUUUAUUUUAUUUUAUUUAAUUUUUUUAUUAGUAAUUAUUAUUUUUAAUUCUACACCUAGACUUAGUUCACAGUGCAAUUGUUAUCACAAUCAACUUUCUCUUGCUCUUGGCAAUGGGAAAAACAAUUUAAUUUAAAUUGAUAAUAUAUGUAUGAGUUACAUUUUCACCAAUUAUAAUAAUUUCUAAACAAAUGUAAAGUUAGCAAGUCAUUGCAGCCUAAAGCCUCUGCAAAUAGCAGUGACUACAAAAGCACGCUUCCUGUGUAUAUGCAAAUUGUUUCACUAACACAAACACAUACAACUACUACACAGCUUAAUCGAACUAAGUAAACUCAAUAAAAUAUUUCAUGUACAUACAAGCGUACAUAAGUACGUACACUUGCAGUAAUUUAGAAAUAAAUUGUCUUAAGCUUGCUAGUAUUAGUAGAUAUAAUCUAUUAAAUCAAAUGUGAAAGUAAAAUUAAACAUUGAUAAACAAAGCAAACAGAGAGGUAAAUUACUAAAGUAAAAGACAGACACACAUACCACGCAAACGGCAACAAAAAGUCAAAUAACGGUAUAAUUAAAUCUUGUAGAAUAACUUAAAUUUAAGCAGAGCAUACGCUCAUAAGUUACGGAAAGACAACAAAUGCAACAAAAACGCUGUAAAGGAAGCUAAAGGCAACUACGACAACAAUAAAUUAAAUGCUAAACGCAAGCAUUCAUAUAGGAUAAAGAUAUAAAUGUGUGUGUUGUAUGUGUGUAACACAAACGGAGAGCAACAUAGCUGUAAAGAAACCUGAAUGUAUUAACUAAUUGUACGCCGUAAGUGGCAACAUUUUAACUAGUAACACAGCUGCAUUUAUGUAGAAACUCAAACAAAUACAUACAUACAUACUCGUAUUGGCAUAGUUGAAAUGAUGUGCGUGAGCGUUAAAGUGCUGGCAUGCGUAAGUGUGUGUGUCGCGUAAGCAAUUCAUUGCGAAUUCUUGACCAAAAUAAUUAAAAACUUAUAAACUGCUGCCAAAAACACACACGCGCAAGCAAACGCACAUGUAUACCGUAUAUAAACAGUAACAACAACAAUAUAUAUGAGCAUGAGCAUGUUCAUAAAUAAAUAAGUUAACUCAACAAAAGUGAAAUACAUAAACUACUCAUGAACAAUACGAAUAUGUAGGCAUACAUAUUUACGUGCAUACGCAUAAAUUUAGGUUAAAUGAAAACUGCAAUUAAUUGCAUUGAAAUGACUGAUCACUAAACAUUUUUAAUUAUUAUAUUAAAACCGAAAUAAGCAAAUAAAUUAAUACAAAAAAUUCGUAGUAUAAGUAUUAAUAAAUAGAUAUGUAUGUAAAUGCGAAAUCCUUGCUAAAGCAAUGAUAAAGUGAAACUUAAACAAAUGCAAAUGCAAUAUUUGCAUACUUACAUAGAUACAUACACAUAGCUACAUAAGUACACAAAAAUAAAUAUUAAAAUACAAAUGCAUUCCCUAUACUUGUUGGCCCCACCAUAAUUUUUAUUGACAGCUGUACACCCUGUAACACACAUUCCAGCAUAUAGUUUUUUGUGAAUUCAUAUAUAUGUGUAUAGCAUAUUAUUUGAUUUUAAUGAUUUUAUACGCACUUUUUGCAAGUAAUUUACCUUGAUUUAUGCAAUUAGCAUAAAUAAUUUAUUUCAUUUGAGAGCGUAUAUGAUGCUUUUAAAAGCUCAUUGAUCGAUUUAACUGAUUUAUUUGCAAUGCCUGUGAAAACGGCAAAUAACGUCCGCAAUUAGUUGUUUCAUUCUGAAUAAUAUUCCUGAUAUAAUGUGGUCUGAUGGCAUUUGAUAAUGACAGCUUAUAGGAAUAUUUAUGUAGGAUUUUACUUUAAAAAUGUUAAUCCUUUUUUUAAACUUUUAGGAGGCACACCAAUAGUGAAAGGCUUAAAAUCGCUAUGAUUGGGAAUGAAAAAAACGCUACUGUUUCAAUAACUGUUAAUUGUGAGAAAAGAUACACGAAAAAAAAUUUAAGAGAAAUAGAAAUAUGCAAUUAAAUAUUCUACAGUAAUUCUAGCCUUCGGCAGGUAUGAGAUCUAAAAAAAAAAAUUACAAAAGGAUAUUGACUAUAAUAUGAACACCAGUGGAAAAAAACUGACAAAAACAAUUAUAAUUUAACCGAAAAUUAGUCACGUUUGGUCUGCUUGUUCAGGUCUAAACACUGGUAGGACAAUUUAUGAAGAACUUUAUUGAGAACGUAUGAUAGCUAUCGGAUUAUAUGAAUGUGAGUAAUAACUGGCGCAUAUAAUGUGUGAUCCAACUCGUCCGGAGAACUUCAAAUUUAAUGUGGAAUAUUUAUUAUCAUUCGAAACAACAUUUCUUGAUAUUUAUUUUUUGUCUAAAUGUUGGCCGCGGCUACGUCUCAGCUUCAACUUCCGGCAUCAAAUAGUCGGUCAUCAUGGUGUGAAAACUGUAGCCAUUUACGGUUACGAUCUCAUCGGCAUCAUUUCUGAAGAAAUAUACAUAGAUCGAUGAUUCCAAGGGCUCACAAAUCACACCAAACCGUUAUCUUUUCUGAAUAAAAUGGUAGCCUUUAAAUCUUUUCCAAUUGCUCUUACUAAAUGCAGAAAUUUUGGUUGUUUACAUACCCAUUGAGCCAGAAAUGAGCCUCACGUUGGAUCUCCUGGGAACUUUUCAAAAGCCCAUGGGGCGAAGAGAAGUCGCUUGGUUGGCUCGAGUGGUUGCAAUUCUUGUGCAAGUUGUAUUUUGUACCCUUUCAAUCUAACAUCUCGACGUAAAAUGCGCCAAGUCGUUCCAUACGUCAGUCCGAACUGCUGCUGUGUACACUCUCACCUACGCCUGCUAUAUUUUCUUCACUGAUUGCUAAACGCAGUCUAUUCGGUCGAAUAUCAUCCAAUAAAGAUUGCUGGGUCUCAAGAUAGUGUUGCGAAUAAAAUGCUCAGUAGGCCGAUUAUGUUGACAAUAAGUUGAGCGAAGUGCGCUAAACACUUUUUUAUAAAACCUACGUUUUCGUAAUAAAGUUCAUUGAUUUUUAAACGUUGUUCAGGCGUAAGUCUUUCCACGAUGAAAUACCAACCGACUUUCGUGGGAUCUGUGAAAAAAAAGCUAAUGAGAAAAGUACCUCUACUUGGAUUACCCGAUAGAAUACCAUGGAGCAGGUUAUGGUUAAUCAUUCACUGCUUUCCAAAUCAUAUAACUAUAGACAUACAAGUAGGUCAUUUUAGCAACAUAUUAAGCGAAAUUUUCAUGACUUCAAAGGCUUUUUUCAAGAAUCAUUGAGGAGAUUUUUAAGGAAAUUUUUGAGGAGUUUUUAAAAGAGAGAAAAUUCUGAGAGCAGAUUGGAUUAAAAGUGUUAAAACAACAUUCAAAAACCUACUGAAUUAAACUAGAACUUAGGAAUUGAAACGUGGAAAUUGAAAUUUACUAUUCAAAAUUUAAUUGAGAGUGUCUAAAGUGCUGCACUCAGCAACGACAGUUUACGAUAAGUUGUCAUAUGCUUAUUCUAACUCUAUCUUCAAAGCAAAAUGACAUAGUAAGAUGAGUAAAUUAAAUUUGAUUAUUUAAUCAUAUUAUUCAUUGCAAAUAAAAUUUAGUAAAUUACAUGAAAUUUUUAAUAACUAAAAUAUGGACCACUAUCUACAGUUCCACUAUUUACUAACUAUGAAAUAAUAGAAAUGUAGCAGUGCUGAACUCCUUUAACUAAUUUUUAUCAUGUUUCAUAGUGAUCAAGUGAGAGAUAUAAUUUUUGAGCCUAUUAUGGUGAUGAAUACUCUGUUUUAUUUUUAUUUUCGUUAAAAAGAACACGUGUAACAGUCCUUCAGUAUUUCGAUACCAUUUUGUUAGUUAAAAGCUUCCAAGCCUUUAAAACGGCAAGAUGGAAAUCUCUAGUUCUCGUCAUUUGAGUGAAGUGUUUAUAACAUGUUGUUGUUCCUUAACGUUUGAUGUCACAAGGCCUGAACUUAAAGUCUGCAAAUCCGUACUUCUUUAUGGAAUAAUAUUUCGCAUAUUAGGCGUCAUUAUUAACAAAACGAGGUCUACCAAAACACGAAAUUAACGUAAAACUACACAUUUUUCGUUUAUAAAGUAUCGCAUUCAGAUCGGUAACUGUUCUCAAGUUAAUAAAAUAUCACGAAUUUUUGAGAGUAUUCUGGUUAACGUUAUUACACUGUGACAAUGAGAGAGAUUUUUAUAUGUGGUCGGACUAUUCAACACGCUCUUAUACGACUUAAAAAAUUGUUUUAUGAGAUAUUAUUUUAUAUUAAAGAUGGCGGGCUUUCUCUCUUCUAAUCUACGUCGAACUAAAGGUCUGAAAAUAGCCACUUAGCAAACUUAUUUAAUGAUUUCUUUUAUAUAUUUUCUAUUAUUAUUAAUAAUUCUUUUUGCAUACUACCAAUUCAUGAGUUCGCAACAAGUAUUUUUGGGAAACGAUACUCAUUAACUACUACGCCAUCAUCUUCCACGUGAAAAAUGUAAUGCAAUAAAAUUAAAAAAGAAAACUGAAAGUUAAAGAAUAUAAAUGUUGUAUAUGAGUAACAUGCAUUUAUAGUUAUAGAUUUAUGAAUAAUUAGUACAUAAUUACACACAUAUUACUAGACACUUAAGAGUAACAGUGCUGUAAAAAUAUUUCCUUGUACCCUAGUAUAAAUAAAAAAGAAUCUAAAUAAAGAAGUAUUAAAAUUGCAGACUAAACAAAAACACAUAUAAUAACUGAAUUAAAAAGUAUAUAUUAAUUAGAUAAUAAUAUGGUACUAUUCACAUAGUUAAAGUGCUUAAGUCAUAUCAAAAUUUACAGAUUAAAAAAGGUAUAUAAAUAUAUACAGUAAAUAAAGGGUAAUCAAAUUUUUAUACUUUCAAUUUAUUUGUUUUGAAUAUUUAAUACAACUUAAAUUUUCAAAUGUGCACUAUGUAAAAUAAAACAUUGGCAAAAGUGGUCAAAAAAACUUUACUUUUUAUUCUCCAAAACUAAGCAAAUUCGUUCUGUUUAUAUAAAAAUGGCGUAAAUCAAAACUGCGGAUAAUACAAAAACCAUAUGCACGAAACAACAGCGUUAAACAUGUCAAAAUGAAGACUUCGAUUCAAAAUAACUAAUAAAAAAGAAAAAGUUUAAAAACCUACAAAUCAAAAGCGAAAUUAAUUCAACAAUAAUCAAAAUCAACCAC